UGUCCCCUUUGUUUAUCCGAUUUAUAAAACAAAUUUAUUCAUUCAUAUUAUUAUUACCAGUACACGUAUAAUUACCAUUAGUGUUCUGGCGGCAUCAUUUUCUGAUCCCGUUUAUGCAGAUUAUGCUGCGGUGCCGCCAUUGAACACCCAAGUGCAUUAAGUCAAUGGCUCUAGACGGUGUAAUCACUUCUCCUCACCGGAGAACUCAAACAGCAUUUUCUUCAAAUUCGUCAAGAAAGAAUUACCCAACCGGAAAUGAAUUGGGUAGCUUCUCCACUGUAAUCAGGCGGCACCGCUUCCUAUUAACUGCCCUUGCACUCCUUGCUUUCCUUUGCACCAUUUAUCUUUAUUUUGCUGUCACUUUAGGGGCCGAUGUGUGUAUUGGUUUGACCGGCACCCAGAAAGCUUUGUGUCAUGUUCAACAGGCAAAAGAAUCAGUAGCCAAAGGGAAACUGAAAUUUAUCUAAUGUAUGAAGCACUAAAGCUAAAUAUUGUGGUUUAUGUAAUAUUUAUCAUUAUGUGUCUUGUUAGCAUUCAGAAACAAAAAAGAAGUGUUCUUGUUAGCAUUCAGAAACAAAAGAAAGAAGUGUUCUUUUUGAAGUUGCAAAAAAAUCUUUACUAAUAGUGUA